AUGAGUGAUAUCAAUACCGAAAGCAAUAAGAUCCAAGGCUUAAAUGGCACCGCAGACGUCUCGGCGGUCGACGUGGAAGCACACAAUGCCACAACGCAGGAGGUUCAGCGGGACGCCGAGACAGGAAUUUCUGUACUCGUUGUCGGCGCUGGGCUCGGUGGUAUUAUGUCCGCUCUAGAAUGUUAUCGGAAAGGCCACGCCGUCAAAGUCAUUGAGAGGAGCGAAGCACCAGUGUAUACCGGAGACAAUCUUACCAUUCAACCCUCAGCUCUUUUGGGAUUCCGCCACUGGCCACGGCUUUGCGCUCAAGUCGAAGCAGAGCAGUAUGACUGCCACAUAUCUUAUUACCGUCAUACAGGCGAGCACGUCUACGGUCCAGUGCCGCCCGUCUUCAACGAUCCCGAGAAUCUCGUUGGCCGCAAAGGACCUCAUGUUGGUUUCAUGCAGAGUCGAGUGAAAUUCUACCGUGCUCUUGUAGAGCAGGCAGAGCGAUGUGGUAUUGAAAUUGAAUGGGGUGUGAAAGUUGUGGAGUUCUACGAGACCCCGGCUAGCGACUCGAGUGACAACACAGCAAACGGGCACGGCGGAGUUGUAUGCGAGGAUGGGAGAAAAUUUGAGGCGGAUGUGGUGAUUGCUGCCGAUGGAACGAAGACUAGAGCAAACGCCUUGAUUCACGGCCAUGAUCUCCCUGCUAAGCCGAGCGGAUCCGCGGUCUAUCGAAUUGCAUUUCCCACUGAAGUGGCCUUCAAGGAUCCAGUUGUGAUGAAGCAAUGGGGACAUCAACUACAGGAGAAGCACCCAUCAUGGGAGUUCUGGCUUGKUCCUGGUAUACAUGUGGUCAUUGCUAUUAUGAAAGAUAUCAUCUGUAUAGGGCUGACUCACAAGGACGACGGCUCUUCCUCAGAGUCAUGGAAUCCACAUGUUGAACCAGACGAGUUGGCUCGUGUAAUGGAACGGGAGGCGCCAGGAUGGCACCCCGCGGUGUUUGCCAUCAUGCGUACAGUACCAACGGGUACUAUUAUCCACUGGAAACUGAUGUGGCGAGACCUAUUCGAAUCCUGGGUAUCCCCUGGCGGCCAUGUAGUCCAAGUCGGUGACAGCGCACACACCUUUCUCCCACAAUCCGGCAAUGGAGCAUCCCAGGCAAUCGAAGAUGCGAUCACAAUGGCGACUUGUCUUCAGCUGGGCGGUAGAGCCAAUAUUCCCAACUCCACGAAAGCGUACAACAAGCUACGAUACCAACGAGUAUCAUGCGCUCAAAAGAUGGCAUUUGUGAAUUCUCAAAUCAAACAUGCUACGAAUUGGGACGCAAUUGCCAAGAAUCCCAAAUCCAUACGGACGAGGUUUCCAAAGUGGAUCUGGUCGCAUGAUCCCGAGGCCUACGCUCAUGAGAAGUUCGAGGAGGUUUUGCGACAUGUGGAAAGUGGUGGGAAGACUAAAUUUGAGAAUACCAAUUUUCCUCCGGGUCAUGUGUUUCGUCCGUGGACUAUUGAGGAGGUCCAGAGGGAUAUCGCGGCUGGCAUGUCUAUUGAAGAGGCGUUGGAUGGGGAUUGGUCUUGA